UCCAUCGUGAUUGGACCACUGAGGGACAUCUGGAGGAACAUCAACGUAGCAAAGGGAUGUUCCAGCAUGCUGCAGGGUGCCAUGAAGACAAGUCAAAGCAGGUCCAAGUCGAGUUCUGGUCUCCAGCUGCGUGAAGGACACCCAUGGGAUUUGGGGCUCGACCAAACAGACGCUCAAAUUGGUCCAAAUGUGACGUCUUUUUUGGUCUUUCCUGCACCGUGGCAGCACUGCUAGCUUUUCUCUUCCUGCUUGGAGUUUGUUUACGCCACUUACCGGAACCACUGCCGCUGCAACACCACACUGUUUCCGGGUUCGAGCGGGAGGUUACGCUCUUGAUUUGGACUCAUCCCUUCGGUCGGUACCGGGAACUUCCGGAUUGUUCUGUACUUUACGACAUCGACGGCUGCGUGGUGACGGAUGACGAGCGCGCGUACACUCACGCGGACGCCGUGGUGGUGCACCACCGUGAUGUCGCCACAGGAAGUGCCAAGCUGCCUCCUGAACCUCGUCCUGAUGGGCAGAAGUGGGUGUGGUUGAACUAUGAGUCUCCCAUGCACACGCCUGCUCUGUGGCGCAUGGAGGGAAUCUUUAACCUCACCAUGAGCUACCGCACUGACUCGGACAUCUUCCUCCCAUACGGCUACCUGGUCCCAGAAGGGGUCCGGAAGCAUGGUGGGCACCCACUGAAAGAACCCUCGAGAUCCCCUCGCCCCCGCCUCAUAGCGUGGGUGGUGAGCAACUGGGUGGAGUCUCACGCCCGUGUGAACUUCUACCACCAGCUCCGCCAGUACGUCCAAGUGGACGUGUUUGGCAGAGCAGGCCGAAAGAUACCUGACGGCAGCGUGAGCGUGAUUGGACUCGUGAGACGGUACCAAUUCUAUCUAGCCAUGGAGAACUCCCAGCACACGGAUUACAUCACAGAGAAGCUGUGGAAUGCUGUGUUGGCCGGUGCUGUGCCUAUAGUUCUGGGUCCAACUCGGAAAAACUACGAGCGCUUCCUACCACCUGAGGCCUUCAUCCACGUGGACGACUUCCCCACGGUGCAAGGGCUGGCCCGCUACUUGCUGAUGCUUAAGCGAGACCCGGCCCGCUUGAUGCAACACCUGCACUGGAGGAGGGACUUUAGUGUGUAUCAGCCCGUCUUCUGGACAGAACACUACUGCGCGGCCUGUAGGGCGGUGAGGAAGAGCCGGGGGCGGACCAACGUGGUCCAGGACUUGACACUCUGGUUUCAGUCCUGAUGAUUUUCAUCAUCUGUUUUCAAGGUUCCCUAUUAUGCCAAAGUGAUUGUUGAUAAUAGUAACAUGUGUCUACAGGACACAGGUGUCAAACUAAAGGCCCGUUGGGCCAUAUGUGGCACACCACAUCAUUUUACGUGGCCGGCAAAAGCCUGGAAAUAAUGUGUGCCAAAAAUGCACUUGACCUUUUUUCUUUAAAUGUAUUUAUUCUUUCAUUUUGACAGAAAAAUUGCAGUUCUUCUAAACUUUAUUACUAUCUGAUCAUGUAAUAUGAUAUUCCAAGCAAUUUUUUUGGUUAUCAAAAAUAAAUACUUGAAUGAAAUACUUCUCAUUUCAAAGCAAGUUGUCCAGCAAUUAGUAAAAAUAUAAUAAUCAAAUGCAUGGGCAAUUGUGUAAUAAUAUCAUGAGGUUAUAUUCAUUCAGUAUAUGUUUAUAUUGACACUUACAAGUGGCCCUCUGAGGGCAGCCAUAACUGCGAUGUGGCCCUCAAUGAAAUCAAGUUUGACGCCCCUACUCUAGGGUCUGUAUAUGAGCACCAAAUAUCAUCACUCUCAUUUGUUUGCUCACCUUCUGAGAAAAAAGGCGCUCAAAGGCUCACUUUUGAAGUCUUGGCUUUUCAUGGCAUCAUAAAGGAAAAACCUCCUUCCUCAUGGUCAUGAUACCACGUCUGACACGCCCCUAGUUAGAGUAGGGUUGGCUAUCGUUUACAUAUUAUCAGAUACCGGUGCCAAAUCAGUACUUCUGAAACGGUGCCCGGCUACUACUACUCCUUUUAAAAGGAAACAAAAUAUAUACAGUGGUGUGAAAAAGUGUUUGCCCCCUUCCUGAUUUCUUGUUUUUUUGCAUGUUUGUCACACUUAAAUGUUUCAGAUCAUCAAACAAAUGUAAAUAUUAGUCAAUGAAAACACAACUGAACACAAAAUGCAGUUUUUAAAUGAAAAUUUGUAUUAUUAAGGGAGAAAAAAAAUCCAAACCUACAUGGCCCUGUGUGAAAAAGCCCCCUAAAUCUAAUAACUGGUUGGGCCACCCUUAGCAGCGACAACGGCAAUCAAGCGUCCCUGCGAUAACUUGCAGUGAGUCUCUUACAGCGUUGUGGAGGAAUUCCGGGCCCACUUAUCUUUGCAGAAUUGUUGUAAUUCCGCCACAUUGAGUUUUCCCGCAUUAACCGCCUUUUUAAAGUCACGCCACAGCAUCUCAAUAGGAUUCAAGUCAGGACUUUGACUAGGCCACUCCAAAAUCUUCAUUUUGAUUUUCUUCAGCCAUUCAGAGGUGGACUUGCUCGUGUGUUUUGGAUCAUUGUCCUGCUGCAGAACCCAAGUUGGUUUCAGCUUGAGGUCACGAACAGAUGGGUGGACAUUCUCCUUCAGGAUUUUUUGGUAGACAGCACAAUUCAUGAUUCCAUUUAUCACAUGUGGUCUCAGCAAGUCUUCCAGGUCCUGGAGCAGCAAAAGAGCCCCAGACCAUCACACUACCACCACCAUAAUUUACUGUUGGAAUUAUGAUCUUUUUCUGAAAUGCGGCGUUACUUUACGCCAGAUGGAAUGGGACACACACCUUCCAAAAAAGUUCAACUUUUGUUUGUCAGACCACAGAGUAUUUUCCCAAAGGUCUUGGCGAUCAUCAAGAUGUUUUCUGGCGAGCCUUAAUGUUCUUGUUGUUCAGCAGUGGUUUUCGUCUUGGAACUCUGCCAUGCAAACAUUUUUCCACACAGGCCCAAAUAGGUUUGGAUUUUUUGUCUCCCUUAAUAAUGAAAAGUUUCAUUUAAAAACUGCAUUUUGUAUUCAGUUGUGUUGUCAUUGACUGAUAUUUAAAUUUAUUUGAUAAUCUAAAAUAUUUAACUGCCACUGCAAUUGCAAAAAAAUAAGAAAUCAGGAAGGGGGAAACACUUUUUUGACAUGCAAGUUGAACAGAAUAUCAUUUUAAAUACUCCGAUAAUAUAACGAAAAUUAUAACUAAGUAAUGAAUUCAUCAAUAUGAAAUAAAAUCCGCAGCAAAACCAGCAGCAAUACAGAACACAUGGAAUAUGCAAAAAGCACAACCUGUUUGUAUUGUCACAUUGAUGUUCAUGGCUGCACCUCGCUAGCCGUGACCGUGAUUGGUGCAUCAUGUGAAAGAGUAGUGCUGCACCGAAUAAACAAACUUGCCUUGCUGUUGUGGAGCGCUACGGCCAAAUGUGUGGGCAGUGUUGGAACCGUUGGCUUUUGAAGGUCGGCAAUAAAGUUUAAAAAGAGCGUCACACUCUGUGUUCCUCUGUGGAGUCUUACAAGACGUUACUUGCACAAUAUCACCUUCAAGCACUUGUUGCAGGUGGCUGAAUCUGCAUUUAUUUCGCACCAAGCAGUACGCAUUCCCCUAGAUGAGCCGUGUAUAUGCCCACCACUUCAUGGAGGACAGCUUUGUAAAAAGCAGACUUUGCUACAUGUCUUAAAAUAAAACCCGGAGCUCUGCCAAAUAUCUGUCAGUCCGCUGGAGACGUGGGCGCUGUGAGUUUGAUCAUUUUGUUUUUCGUCAGUGAAUAGGCUAACCUGGCAUGAUGUUGCUGUUAAA